AUGUAAAAUCAGCAACAUCUCAUCAGAGAAAUUUAUCUAAAGGAUAAAUCAAAUGCGUUCCUCAGACAAUAAUGGGUUUAAGUCUUCGACUCACUUUUACCACUACCAUAAACCACUCUAAUUGUUGAUACUCUUUAGAAGAUCGAUACCCUCAAACAUAUAUAAGAAUUAUUGUCGAAAACUAAAGCCAUCACAGUGAUAUCAGACACGAGUGAAGCCAAUUACAAUUGGUGUAAUUUGGUCAACAAAAACUUCGAAGUUAUUGUUGCAGAUCUACGUGCAGAAACUAAAUUGAACUCGUAUUAAUACAUUGGCAUAAAAUGGUUAUUAACAACAAAGGCCCAAUUGGUGAUAAUAUCAAACGAUAUAAUAUGCGAACACCUAAUUAAUUGUUUUAACAUUGCUUAUGAUAACAUUAUUGAAAUUCCUUACUUGCAAACCCAAUAAGAUGAAUUAUUUUUAAGCAUACCUUACGACUAAAAACUGACAUAUGUGUUAUAAUAGAUAAAAAACUCUAAUUCCGAGAUUGAUCGGGACAUAUUAGUAUAUUGUGAAUCUUUGUACCAAAUGGAUUAAAUAUACUAAGCAAUCUACUUUCAUAAUUAAUUAUCAGAAUCAGAGGAAUUCGAAGUGCAUCAAAUCAUACCAUUCUAAUCGUACUAUGAAUAAUUUGGUUAACAAUUGUUGGAAAUGGUAUAUCCAUAACAGAAGGGAAAAAGAAAGGUAUUUUUGACACUAAAUUACCAAUAACUACAAAAGUAUUUGUAAAAUGUUCAACAAAAAAUAUCAUUAAUCAUUCAUAUGGGUUAUUAGACUACAGUCAAGAAAUUCUUAGAAGAAAUCAAUGCCAUAGUUUAUAAAUAGUACAAUCUCAGUAGACAUGAUAUCAUCAUUCGUAACAGAAUUAGUUAUUUUCCUAAAAUCAUUUAUUUAUUUGGAUUUGACGAGUUCAAAGAUUUAAAGGAACAUAAAUUGAUUUUUGAUGAAGAAUUCACUUUCAAUCCCCAAAAUAUCAAAUUCUAUGCCUAACAAUUCAAUGUCUAAAUUGAUUAAUUGUAGAAUGUAGUCGAAUCAGAAUAUAGUUCUUUGUAAAACUAUAUUCCACUGAUAUAUUAUGAACCAUUAUUGGAGGCAGAGAAUGAGACCUUUCAUUAUUACAGCAGUGUUGUCUCCACUCUUUUGACAGAUGGAGAAAUACUAUCAGAAGGCAAUGUGGAAAGUAAAAAGAAUCCCUUUAAGAGUUUCCAAAUUCAUCAACAAAGGGAAUCAAUAAUUAGAUCAAAUCAUUAUUGGUCAAAGAUGGGAGAUAUUACUUCAUGGAUUUAAUUAAUAAAUAAAUUUAUCAUUUUUAUUGAAGAUAUCAAUUCCAAAGAUGAUGAAAAAGAAUAAGAAAAUUCUAAAAAUGAAUUAAUAAAAUGGUGUAGAUUAUAAAACAUCAACAUUCCUAAAAUGAUAUUGAUUCUAGCCUAUAAUGAAUACAUAAUAGAUUUAACUUAAAAAUAUGUCUCCGAAUACUCAGUCAUUAAUAAAUGUUGUUCACUUGAUUAAUUAAAAUUGAAUAGAACUGUCUCUUUAAAGAAACAAUAAUCAAUGCCAGAACAUUCAGAAGACAUAUAAGCCUGCUUAUUAAGGCUAUUUUAUAAAGGACUAAGCAUCUUUAGUGGACAUAAGAGUGCUGGUUACUAUAAUUAUGUUGCGAAUCAGAAAUUUAAAUUAUGCUAUAACAAUUUGAUGGCUAUCAUUGGAGACUUCCCUCUAACUUGUAUAGUUAUGGCUUUGUUGUAAAAGAAUCAGUAAUAUGAAAUUAAAUAUUCUACCAAAAUAGAUGACAUUAUGAUACCUCAAUUAGCACCUAAAGCAUUUGUCAAAGAACAUAAACUACAAUUCAUCUAGAGAUAAUCCUUACAUUUGAAUGAAAUAACCUUUAAUGGCAUUGGUCAAGUUCUAUUUAAUGAAUUAUGGAAACAUCAAUCAGGUCCACAAUUAUCUUAGGAUUGCAUUUUACAACCUAACAUCGAGAUGAAUUGUAUUACAGUGUUGUAUGAUCCUAAUGUGGCCAAAAAGGAGAUUAUAGAAUAGGAGUUGAAUAGUAGAAUUAAAGAAUUGCAGAACUUUUACAGAAAUUAAGUCAAAGAAAUACCUUAUGAGAAUGAUUCUAAAUUUAUAAUGCAAGCUGGUGGAAGCAUGAAGGAUUGGAUUGAAAAAAGUGCUUACAAGACUUUCUUCAUAGAAGGCCUACCUUUAGAUAUUACUCAGGAAUUGCUAUAAGAGUUCUUGUAGGAAGUGAUUAUUUCAGAAAUGAAGCUGUAUAAAGAGGGCGAUAAAAUAACAGCCAGAAUAUCUCUAUAAGAUCAUGAUGAUUUACUUUUUUGUUUGGAGAAUAUCAAAGAAUACAAGGAUAAUUAAUUGAAGGUUUAUACUCAACAAGAUCAAUUUGAACAUAAUGAAGAAAAACUACUUUUCAAUGAGCAUUACAAAAUAAUCAUAACAUGGAACUUACAUUUAAAUAAAGGUAUUGCUAUUGUCAAAUUGAAUUCUCCACACCUAUUUAAUACAGAAGAAUUUGAAACAAUAUAACAUCUGACAUAUAAGAUGAAUCUUAAAAGUGUUUACGAGGAUGAGUAAACAGUAUUAGCAGAUUUAAAAUAACAACAUAAAGAUAUUGAUAUAAAAUCAGUCACAAUAGAUAAAUAAUUAAGAUAUGAAAAUAAUGGAGAUCUCUAAUUAGAAAUACAAAAACUAUUAUCUAAUAUUCCUCAAGACAAAUAUAAAAUAGACUCGAUUACAAAAUAAAAUUGUAAAAGAAUUUUGACUCUCAAUGUUUAUGACAAAAAUAUUAUGGAAUAAUUUAUUCUCUUACAUAAUCAGAUCAAAUAAUUUAGAGGGUUGAAGGUCUAAUUAAAUGUAAAGCCUUUGUAUUACCAUGAUUACGAAGGACCAAUUGAAAUGAAAUAAAUAGUAGAGGAAAUAUUUGAUGAAAAGAAACUUAAACUUGGUUAAUAUACUAUUACAAGUGACGAUGAACUUAAAAGAGUGAAAGUUACUAUUGAAUGUUGGAACAAAUAGGAUCAUGAAUAAUUGAACAAAGAAAUAUAGGAUGCAUUCACUCCAAAAAUAAUUAAGUCUUCAUAAGAUUUUGACAUCACAGUUAUAUUUAGUUAAUCUGGUACAAGAUUCCUUAAAUUCUAAGAAGAAUCUUUAUAAAUUCUAAUUAGGUAGGAUUUUAUUAAUAAUCAAUUAUUUGUAAAUAGUUCUUAAAUCAAAUACAAUCAAUUAACCAAAGCAAUCAAAGAAUUUGUAUCUGAUUGUUCUAAAAGUAUAAUUUAGAUUCCUAAGAAUUGCAUAAGAUUAAUAAUGGGAAACGAUUCUUAAGGACUUAACGAAAUCAAGAAGAACUUCGACUUAAAGAGUGUUAAAUUCAAUAGUAUUUCAGGUGAAUUACAACUAUUUGGUGAUUAAAAAAAUCUUGAUGCAGCUAUCAUUUCAAUUAGUGAAAUUAUAUCUUCUCAAUAACAAUAAGAUAAACCAAUCAAUGCCUUAACUUGUAACUAUUGCUUUGAUAAUAUGAAAAAUGGAUAUAUGCUCCAGGGUUGUGGACAUAAGUUUUGUCUUUAGUGUAUUAUGUUCAGCAUUCAAAAUUCAUUGGGAGAUAUGACUUAAUUGCCUAUUAAAUGUCCAUAAUGUAAUUAAGGAAUACUUUUGGCUGAUUUACACAUUUUAAUUGAUGAGCCUAGUUGGGAAAAGUUAAUAAAAUUAUCCAUCAACAAAUAUUUAUAAGAUCAUGCUGCAUAGAUAGCUUUUUGUUUGACUCCAAAUUGUCCAAUAAUUCAUUUCCAAAAGAUUCCAAGAUAUACCUGUAAAAAGUGCUAGAAACAGUAUUGUAAUUCAUGCAGAACUGCCUAUCAUUAUGGAUAAACUUGUAGAGAAUUCAAAGCUGGUAAUGAAGAUUCCAUUAACAUAUAUAUGAAGAAGAAUGAUGUAAGAAGAUGUCCUCAUUGUAAAAUAUUGAUUCAAAGAAUUGAUGGUUGUUAUAGAGUUACUUGUACAGGAUGCAAAAAAAGUAUUUGCUGGAAAAAUAAAGCAGAUGGUACACCAUGUAUGGCAAUCUUUGAAACAUCUUCAGAAUGUUAUUCACAUUUAACCAAAGAACAUGGUGGAUAUUGGUGA